AUUUUAACGUUCGAUAAGUAAAUCAAUCAACAUUUUAAAUCAUUUAAGAUAUUUUUUUCCUCAAUAAUAAAUUCAAAAUGGACUGUAAAAGUUUUAUGUUCGAUUUGGUCAUUUUGAAUGUUUGGAUAAAUGAUUUCGAUUAUGAAAAUAAUACACUUACCAUUGAAGUUAAAUUCAAUAAUACUGAAUUUACUAUUGAAUCUAAUCCAGAAAAACCAGGCGAAUUCAAACAGGGACGAACUUGUGAAUUUAAGGCUGAUCCUGAAGAUUUGGUACUUGAUUUGAUGGAUCAUCCAUUAAAACUUAAAAUUUUAGCUAAUGGAGAAGAAAUUCAAGGUGAAUCUGAAUUCAUUUGGCCCAAAGAAAUGUUGGAAAAACUUGAAAGACCAAAUUUUAUUCAAUACAGUCAUUUUGAUGAAUGUGAUCUUACAUUCGAUCGUAUUUCUAACGGAAAAGUUUCGAUUCAAUAUCGAAUGAGAGUCAAAUGUGAAUUUUCGGAGUCUGAUGACAAUGAUGGUGAAGAUAAUGUUGAAAAACAUUGUGAUAUACAAAAUGAACUCAAAAGAAUAGUCGAUCCAAAUGAGUUGUUCUUUUUAAUACAAAGUGAUUCAGAUAUGUGUCAUACAUUGAAUGAAGGCAAUAAAACAAAUCAAUCUCGCCCAACUGCUCUGGAUCUUUCGAGAUUUAAGAGUUUUCAUGGUAAGGUUGUAAAAGAUCCAGGACUUAUUGAUUGUGUUUAUGCACCGGAUUGUUGUCAUACAAAGAAAUAUUCGGCUUAUAAUUUGAAGCAAAAAGGUGGACUUGCUAAGCCCCGUUAUGAAAACUCUACAAAAAAGGCUAAGAAAUGUUCAGUGUCAAAUUCAAGCAUGGAAUGGGCAUGCAAGGCCACACAACAUAUCGAAGAAUGUCCUCAUAGCAAUAAAUUUUCAGAAGAAACAAUAGCUACUUGUUCUUAUGGUUCUUCUGAAUUCAGUGUUGAAACCGAUUCAGAAAGUUGUAUGACAAAAACACCCAGUCCUUGCAAGUACCCUCAAUCUCCACCUGUCCUUAAAGAUACAGCUUACAUUCGUCCAAGGUUCUGUCCAAUUUGUAAGAGUGAUGUAUCAUGGUUACCCAAAUUGGCAGCUUGUCCAAAAUGUGGUCAUAAACCUACCCCCUACACAAUAGAGAAACCAUACAAUGAAAAUCUAACAGCUGACCAAAUCUUAGCAGAUUGGGCUGUCGAUAGUCCAAAGCAAACUGAAAAAACCGUUCCUAAACGAAUCAAUCGCUGUACCUGCAAGAAUGGCAAAGUUUGUGCAUAUUGUCGAAUUCGAAAGAUUUGCAAGGAUGUUCUGAGACCAAAAACUGCAAAGUGUCAUGGACCAAAUACCAAAUGCUCGACAGAAACUGGAACAUUUCAUAAGGACAAAUCUACAAGUAGAAUAUGUAAAUCAUCUAGCGAAAGUGAUUCUCGAAAUCAUUUGGCAAAAGUGUUUUCGGAACUGCAAGAUCUGUACAACCUAAAGCCAGUUGUACAGAAGCGAGAGUUCGUUUCAAAUAAGAAAUGUGAAAAAUUAUUUGCUCUUUCAAGACCCUCAAAGGCUAAAAAGAAGAAGGAACAAUCUGGUGCCCAAAAGAAAAAAGAACCUUUCGAUAAAACUUCUCUUGCUCAAGCCAAGAAAAAAUUAUGUAGAAAGAAAUUGUAUAAUUAUAAAAGCGUUAGAAAGUAUCCUGGAACAUUAGUUGGUCACAAAGCAUGUGUUUCUUCUGGCAAAGUAGUACCAGGCAAUAUGGGAUGGUUAUGGACCGCUAAUACAAUUGGUAUUCGUAAUGGCUGGAAACCAGGGGCUAUACGUAAACCCAUCAAAGAAAUUAUGAACUAUUUUCUCAAAGACUAUCCCGUUGAUAGUUUAAAUGUUUCACGACAUGGUAGGAAGAAAAUUUCCAAGAGAGUAUCUGAAGAGUUAAUACAAAAACCAACGCUACACAUUUGCAAAAAGAAUGGUGCCUACGUCAUAACUAUGCGUCCCAUCAAAGAAGCCACUUUACUCAAAAGCUGUGCAGAUCCAUAUGUACCUAUGAAACCGAUACAAUUCAAGAUUGUUAAGAAUCCUCUAAAAGCUUGUGCAAAUGAGAUCAAAAGUUUACUCAAAAAGAAAUUUGAUAAGUGCUCUUGUCAUAAGCCAAUUGCUGAAUGUUUCUGUCGAACUUUUUUGCAGAAAAAACGCCUUGAAUUUGAAUUGAACAAAGCUUGUCGGCAAAAAGGCAUACCAAACCUUAAGAAUUCUCUUAUACUAUCAGAUACAUCUGAAUCGGAAACGGAAUUUGAUUUUGGUGUAACUCCACCGGCCGGAGUUAUCAAGCCUCAAUUGAAAAACAAGCCUGAUUUAGCAUGUCAUGAAACACAGUACAAUGAAAAAGAUUGGAUCAUUAAACCAACAAUUCCUAAGCCAUUGAAUAAAUAUAUGAAACCAUUUGAUGCAACAGGUGGCAGGGCUUUACCUCCAGUCAAAGCGUGUGCUCCUGUCGUUGAUACAACACGUCCUGCAAAAACACGUAAGCUUCCUGUCAGUGGUAUUGUAGGUGGCUGGGGUGGUAUUGGUGGUAAUAAAGGUGCUGGACGAAUAAUUGGAGGUGGACCAACGAAUACAAAACCAUUAUUUUGUAAUCUUGCACGAAGAGGCAAAGCAGAUAACUGUUAUACAACACCAUGCAUUCCUAUUUGCUAAGCUGGUUUUAGUUUAAAUUUUACAUUUUAAAAAUCUUAUGAUAGUAAAGAAGCUUUUCAAAACAUAAAA